AUACGUGGCCGCAUGAUAUUUAUGGACACCAGUCUCUGAUUCUCUGACUGACCAAUAAGUUGCGAGAGAAUCUUGAAGAAAAAGAAAAAGUGCAUGUAUAAUAAGUUAUUCUGUGACUGUGAGAAAAUGGUGAGUGUUGUUGCUUUGGUUUUCUUGGGCACCAUGUUUGCAUUAGUAGCAGCAACAAAUGGUGGACAGUAUCCAGCAUUAUUUGCAUUUGGAGAUUCGAUUCUUGAUACCGGAAAUAACAACCACCUUGCAACUUUAACCAAGUCUAAUUUUCCUCCGUACGGAAGAGAUUUUAUUGGAGGAAAACCAACAGGAAGAUUCUGUGAUGGGAAAGUCCCAUCAGAUCUUAUAGCGGGAGAUCUUGGAAUCAAAGGCACGUUACCUGCAUAUCUUGAUCCAAAUUUGCGGAAUGAAGAUCUUUCCACGGGUGUAAGCUUUGCCUCAGGUGGAACAGGAAAUGAUGAUCUCACCGCUCAAACACAGGGUGCUUUAUCACUAUCGACACAAAUGAAAAAUUUCCAAGAGUGCAUAGGAAGGCUGAGAGCAUUUAUGGGAGAAGAAAGAGCGAAGUACAUCAUAUCAAACAGCUUGUAUCUGCUUUCAUCAGGAAACAAUGAUAUUGCACUCACUUAUUCUUCACCACUCAGAAGCACCAUACCUUUCCCUUUAUACGCUUCUCAAUUAGUUGGCUGGGCCUCGGAUUUUCUCAAGCAACUAUACGAUGCCGGAGCAAGAAAAGUGUGGGUUCUGAGUACAUUGCCAUUGGGGUGCUUGCCGGGAGGUAGAACUGUAGCAGGAGGACCUUUAAGAUUGUGUUCUGAUACUGUUAACAGAGAAGCUCAAUUAUUCAAUGAUCAAUUAGCAUCGGCUGUUAAUUCUUUGCAAGGCACACUUUCUGGUUCUGCUUUUCAAUUCAUUGAUAUCUAUGCUGCUCUGCUUAAUAUCAUACAAAAUCCUUUUAGUUCAGGGUUUCUAAAUGUUGCAAAUGGAUGUUGUGGGACUGGACUGGUUGAGAUUGGAGAGACAUGUAAGUUAGCACUUGGUUCGUGCCCAAAUCCUGCAGCAUAUGUUUUCUGGGACGCUGGUCAUCCAACUCAAAGAGCCUAUGAGGUCAUAGUCUCUUCUAUACUGCCAAAAUAGUCAUCUAUAUUAAUCAUAACUAUGCUCUUAAUUAACAUCUCUAAAUAAUUAACUUUCUUUUCUAUGCUCUCAUUUAAUAAUAAAGUCUGUGUGAACGCCUCACGCCGGCAUACAAUAUUUAAUUUAAAGGCUCGAUUAUUCUCAUUUAUAUAGGAAGAAUUUCAGGUAUUUUAAUAUUGGUGUUCUAGAAAUUUUAGCUGUUACUCUUAAAAGUAAUGGAGAAAAUUGUGCUUUUCACAUU